AUGUCUAAUAACACUGUUGUCCAGGACCCCAUAGAGGAAACUGAUCAUGACGAAGUUACACAAGACCAGCUCGAGGAAAAGAACCACUCAUUUCCAAAGUUGCGCAGUUACGAUUCCCUGGACCUGGAAUCCGCCAAGGUUCCAGGCCACCAUGACCGUGGCGCCCAGGAUUUGGAGUGGUCGAUGAUCUUGAAUCUAGCAUUUCAAAGCAUUGGCAUAAUAUACGGAGAUAUCGGCACUUCGCCUCUCUACGUAUAUGCUAGUACUUUCCCCAGUGGCAUAAAUCACAGCGAUGACAUAUUGGGAGUUCUUUCUUUGAUCUUCUAUACCAUCACUCUCAUCCCUCUCAUCAAAUACGUCUUCAUCGUCUUACGAGCCAAUGAUAAUGGCGAAGGAGGAACAUUUGCACUCUACUCGCUGAUAUGCCGAUAUGCAAGGGUGAGUUUGAUUCCGAGUCAACAAGCUGAGGAUUCUCAUGUCUCCAAUUUUAAGCUGCAGUUGCCUAGCAAUCGUCUUAAACGGGCAUCAAGACUCAAGUCCAAGUUAGAGAACAGCAAUUUUGCCAAAAAUUUCCUCUUGAUCAUCACAAUGCUCGGUACUUCCAUGGUCAUUGGCGAUGGCGUCCUCACUCCUUGCAUCUCAGUUUUGUCAGCCGUGGGAGGCAUUAGGGAAGCUAAAUCAACUCUGAGUGAAGAGACAAUUGUUUGGACAUCGAUAGCUAUCUUGAUUUGCCUCUUCAUGGUUCAGAGAUUUGGAACCGACAAAGUGGGCUAUACCUUUGCUCCUAUAAUUUGCGUUUGGUUCACAUUCAUUGGUGGAAUUGGCGUUUACAACUUCUUUAAAUUUGAUCCAACAGUCGUUAAAGCCAUAAAUCCUCUGUACAUUAUAGAUUACUUUAGGAGGAACAAAAAGGAGGCGUGGGUUUCCCUUGGCGGUGUCGUUCUUGCCACAACAGGAACGGAAGCAUUGUUUGCUGAUGUUGGCCAUUUCACGGUUCGUUCCGUACAAAUAAGCAUGUGCUCCGUGACCUACCCGGCUUUAGUACUAGCAUACACUGGACAAGCAUCUUUCCUUCGUAAACACGAAAAUUUAGUUGCUGGUACCUUUUUCAAAUCAAUACCAGGCCCUGUGUAUUGGCCAAUGUUUGUGGUGGCAGUGGCGGCUGCAAUUAUAGCAAGUCAAGCCAUGAUUUCAGGGACUUUCUCUAUAAUCCAGCAAUCACUCUCCCUAGGGUGUUUCCCUCGAGUGAAAGUUGUCCAUACAUCCACCAAGUAUGAAGGACAAGUUUACAUUCCUGAGGUUAAUUACCUGCUGAUGUUGGCUUGUGUGGGAGUUACUGCUGGUUUCAAGACCACUCAAAGGAUCGGCAAUGCAUACGGAAUUGCAGUGGUAUUUGUAAUGACUCUCACAUCAUCUUUGUUGGUUCUCAUCAUGAUAAUGAUAUGGAAAACCAACAUGCUUUUCGUAAUUGCCUAUGUUCUUAUCAUCGGUUCUGUGGAGCUACUAUAUUUGAGUUCAGUUCUAUACAAAUUUGAUCAGGGAGGAUACUUGCCACUGGCUUUUGCAGCAGUUUUAAUGGCUGUGAUGUAUAUUUGGAACAAUGUUUAUCGAAAAAAGUACUAUUAUGAGCUUGAUCACAAGAUUUCUUCCGAAAAAUUGAAGGAGAUAACUGUCAACACAAAUUUCAGUAGAAUUCCUGGGCUUGCCAUGUUUUACUCGGAGCUUGUUCAUGGUAUCCCACCCAUCUUCAAGCAUUAUUUGGCGAAUGUAUCAGCAUUGCACUCGGUCCUUGUUUUCGUCUCCAUCAAAUCACUACCAAUUAGCAAGGUUCCAAUUGAAGAAAGAUUUCUUUUCCGACGACUGGAACCAAGAGAGUUUCAUAUGUUUCACUGUGUCGUUAGAUAUGGGUAUACAGAUGUGCAUAAUGAGCGAGACACUUUUGAGAAGACUUUACUAGAAAGAUUAAAAGAGUAUAUCGAAGAAGACAGUUGGUUAACUCAAAGGCUAGCUAGUAAUAGGGCAGCAGCUGAAAAGGAUACAGAGUUGGAGGAUGGAUUUGUCAACAAAGAAAUUGAACAUGAGAACAUGGAGCAAGAUGGAGAAGGCGAGCAACAAGAGGCAGUGCAGAAAGAAACUGAAUUAGUGGACAAAGCGUGGCAAGCUGGCGUUGUUCACUUGGUUGGUGAGAAUGAGGUAAUUGCAGGCAAAGGAGCUAGUACAGGAAAGAAGAUUUUGAUAGACUAUGCUUACAAUUUUAUAAAGAAAAAUUUGAGGCAAACUGAUAAAGUGUUCGAAAUUCCUCACAAACGGUUGCUUAAAGUUGGUAUGACUUAUGAGCUUUAG